CACGCACCUUCCACCCCUAUCUCUGUGGAUAUUAGCGAGACAGGAUUUUUGAAUUCAAUCUUAGCAGCCGCCAUGCUGGGAGCAACAAACUUGUCAAGCUACUACGCUAGUGCAGCACUCUGCUAACGACCCGGACAAAGAAGAGUCUUACCAAACCACUGUCGAACCAUCCUCAGGCCAUCCCAGAUCGACAAAGAAGAGCAUUUUCAUUCAUCAAUAUUCUCUCAUUGAAGCCAUGACAGACAACUUGAGGAGUUUGUAACAUUCCCCAGAGGAAGAGCCUCUCAUCUGGUAGAACGCCGUUGAGGAGCCACAGAGGAAACGUUACGGUUUCAAAGUUACCGGAAUCGAACAUGGCAUUUGGUGUCCUUGGUAUGUUCCUGGGCCUGUUGCUGGAGGUCUCCACCCACAGUCCUUCAAGUGUCCCAAGGAUCUCCUGGAAACAUGAAGAGGUCAAUUUGAUAGAGUUCUCUGAGCCUGGAGUUUUCAACUAUUCCACCCUACUAAUGAGCGAAGAAAAAGAGGUUCUCUACGUUGGGGCCAGGGAGGCUAUCUUUGAGCUGAACAUAAGAAACGUGUCCAUCAGAAACAACAAGGUUCAAUGGACAGUUCCACAAACCCCAAUGAUGAUGUGCAUGGCAAAAGGAAAAUCAAAAGAGACUGACUGUCUGAACUACAUAAGAGUGCUCCAGGUGUUGGAUGAAGACCGUCUGUAUGUCUGUGGGACGCACGCUUUUCAACCACUGUGUGACAACUUGUCUCUCAAAGACUUCUCUCUGGAGGGGCGAGCAGAGGACGGACGAGGGAAGUGUUCUUUUGACCCCUCUCAAAGCUUUACUACCAUCAUGGUUGAUGGAGAACUGUAUUCUGGGACAGCUUAUAACUUCUUGGGAAGUGAACCCAUUAUUUCUCGAUAUCCCUUGUCACAGAGUCUGUUGAGAACCGAAUAUUCCACAUCGUGGUUAAAUGAGCCUAGUUUUGUUUUUGCUGACGUCAUCCGGGAGGGAAAGAACAGCGCAGAUGGUGAGGAGGAUAAGAUAUACUUCUUCUUCACAGAGGUGUCGGUGGAGUACGAGUUCUAUGGCAAGCUGCUGAUCCCUAGAGUAGCUCGUGUCUGCAAGGGGGACCUUGGAGGCCAAAGGACUUUGCAGAAGAAGUGGACCUCCUUCCUGAAGGCCAAGCUGGUGUGCUCUAUGCCCGAACUCAACUUUGUCUUCAAUGUGGUCCACGACGUGUUCAUCCUCAAGACUCCCGACAGGAGGGAGACAGUCAUCUAUGGGGUCUUUACCUCCCAGUGGGCGAACGUAGGUCUAUCGGCAGUGUGUGCGUACAACAUGACCUCAGUGGAGGAGGUCUUCUCCAAGGGGAAGUACAUGCAGAAGGCCACUGUGGAGCAGUCCCACACCAAGUGGGUGAGGUACAAUGGUAUCACGCCAACGCCACGCCCCGGAGCGUGCAUCAACAACCAGAACCGCCUCCGGAACAUCACCAGCUCGCUCCACCUGCCCGACAAGACCCUGCAGUUUGUCAAAGACCACCCCCUGCUGGAGGACCCUGUGCUUCCCAUUGGCAAUGGGCCUCAGCUCAUCACCAAGGAUGUGAACUACACCCAGAUUGUAGUUGAGAGGGUACAGGCACUGAACAACAACGUCUAUGACAUCAUCUUCACUGGAACUGAUAAAGGUGUACUGCACAAGUCUGUAGUAUAUGAAGGAGAGGUCCACACUGUGGAGGAGAUCCAACUGCUUCAGAAUUCUGAACCCAUUCAGAACCUGCUGCUAUCAUCACAGGGGACUGGGUCAAUCUACGCUGGCUCCAACUCGGGCAUAGUUCAGUCUCCAACAGCCUUCUGUGAGAAAUACACAUCCUGCGAAGACUGUAUCUUGGCCAGAGACCCGUACUGUGCCUGGAACCCAGACACAACAGUCUGCAUCAACAUCUUCCACACCUCAACCAAAACACACCGGAACUUAAUCCAGAGUCUCAAUGGAGACGCAGACAAGUGUCCUUCAGCUCUAUCUCUCUCUGUGGAUGAGUACCAGUCUGUGACUGUGACGCUAUGGAGCUCAGUGGAGCUGCCCUGCACAGUGCGCUCUAACCUUGCCCAGAUCUUGUGGAUGGUGAACGGCAGUGGCCUCACCGAGGGCUCAAGGGGUUUCCAUCUGCUGGGGGACACAGGCCUGCUUAUUCACAGCGUGGCGCCCAAGGACCAGGGGUUUUACGAGUGCUGGUCCCUGGAGACAGCGGCUGGAAAGAACUUCACCCGCCUACUGGCCGGUUACAUACUGAGUCUGGGGAAAGCCCCUUCCCAGUCCAGUCACUCCACGGUCCCCCUCAGCUCCAGGCUCUCCACCCUGAACCACACUGAAGCUUCCACCACUGCUGCUCCUCUUUGUCUUGUCGACACCUCAUCAUCCCUGUCCUCUGGAAGUAGUAGUGCUUCUGUCCCCUCUCCCACAUCCUCCUCCACCACCACCACCUCCUCCAAUGGGUCUGGGGGUGCUAAGGGUUGGGGGGCUAGUGUGAGGCUGCUGCCUCCUUUGCUGAAGGACCAGGCCUGGGGGGUUCAGGCCCAGGAGGCCUUCCUGCUCUUCUGCCUGGCCUUGGGUCCCAGUGACAUCCACAUUCACUGGCAAGUGAACGGGCAGAGGCUAGAGACCACCAUCACUGAGCACCGACAUCCGCUGAGCCAGAGAGAGGUGCUGCUGAGCAGCUGGGUCCGAGAGGAAUCUCUUGGCAAAGAGUCCCACUACCGGUGUGAAGCCACAGCAGGAGACGCAGGAAAUGACACUUCUGAGAUACAUCUCCGCCUUACCAACAGAGACGAAGACAGCACAGCUUCCAAAGACAUGAACCAGUGGAUGGGGGCAUUAACGGAACAUGAAAAACUGCUAAAGAGAUGGAAGAAGACUUGGGUAGGUUUGCGUUUACUUGAGUCAUAUAUGCUCUUAACACAUGUUCUCAUCAAAAUGUCCUCAAACUCAAGCCAUACCUUGUACAGAACCGCAAAAAACAUAUUGUUUAAAUUGAAUUGCAUAUGCAUUAGCUACGACUGCAGAAGUUGCCAUCAAUUCAUGCCAGCUUUAAACCUUGAGUGGCCGGAAAUAGAAUACUGUGGUCUAGUUUGGUUUAAAUGGAGGGCUACAGAGAGGUGCAAGGUUUAUCUAUACUUCAGUUCAAGCAAGACAUUUACUGCAAAUUACCAACUUUACUGUUACUUCAUUGUUUUUGGAGUUCACUUGAAAUACAGUGUUCUGUUUCAACAAUAGCGUUUAACUGAGGUAACUUCAAAUUGAUGACCAGUCUCAAAGAGUAACUAUGUCUAAGGUGUUUUAUAUUCCGCCUUGUUCUGGUUGUCUGUUUCUCCCUCCACAGGAGAGCUGUGAUGGCCAACGCGUUGUCUGAGGACUGGGCAACUUCCUCAUUCAUUGUCUCAGUAUUAGGCCUUGGUGGACCUGACCCUGGGUCACACAAGAAUGUUGCAGACUAUUACAUGACAUGAUGGUGUGCUAACAUUGCUGUCGAGACACCUAAAGCAUGUCAUCCUUGACAUGUGGCUAGUAUUCACCUGGUAGUCACAGUGGUUUAUGCCUCUCCUACCUAACAGGGGACAUGGCUGAUUAGUUGGUUGCCUCAAGUUGAGGAAGGAUCUGCCUCACGAGUUGUUUUAAAGUGUGACGGACAGGGUCGAAUUCUGAUAUUAGCCUACCACCAUGCAGUACAGGCUGCCUAAGUUUUGCACUUAUUCUCCACUGUUUAUUUUGUUUUUAACUUUUGUGUCUCAAGCACUGCGUGAACAACCAUAAAAAACAAGUUUUAGAUUACUUAUGUAUUGUUUUUAGAAAAUCGAUUGUGAUGACCUAUUGUCUAUGCUCUGUGGUUUAAUAAAUAAAACUAAUAAAAAUAAAACUAAUAAAGGAAUUAAUGUAUUUACGGUGCACAGAGGAGUUUGGCCCCCAGUGCACAGAAUGUUAAAUUCUGGUUUUUAUUACAGUUUAUACCAGGGGUCCCCAAACUACGGCCCGCAUUUGGACCGGCCCUCUGAACAAUGCCAGACAUUACAAAUAAAAAAACUCAGUUCACACUGAUUAAUAUGUAGAACUAAAUAAAUGUUUUGAUUUCAAUAGCAAUGUAUAUUAAAAAAGGUAUUACAAUAGUAAUAAUGCUCCUUUAAUAGGCUAUAUAUCCCUUGAUACGGAUGUAUGGUGCAUAACAAAAUAAUGAACUCAUCUAGCAUAAUGAAGUCACUCCGGCCCAUGUAAUUUUCUGUUACAGACCGACCCUUUUUCUCAAUCACACUCGUCUAUUACCAACAGAAAGAUUAGCAAAAAGUCAGUUGAAUAGAGGUAGGUUUAACCACGACCAUGUUUCAGGUCAUUACAAGAGGAUGCGCAGGCUGUACAUUAAAUGUACUGUAAAUUGGUGUAAUUAUCAGUGAAAAAGUGAAUGAUCUACUGCAGACUGAAUGUAUCAAAUACAUGAAGCUUAUAAAUAGGCAG